CAUCAUGUCAGAUGAACCUAUGCUGUUCCAGUCAGAUUUUCGGUUCGCGACCGUCGCCGUGUUCCUACCUAGUACUUGUGUAAAGCAAACAUUUAGGCGCUGCUGCUGCUACUUGGCCAUCAGGUUCUUCUAAUUGGAACUGUGAACGGGGAGGAAGUGAAAUUUUCGGUGGUUUUUCCAAUUGAAUUUACCUUGAUCUCUUGCCUAGUUUUGACCUGUGGUAGCACAGCAUUCGCCAAACGGUAGUACAGCUGAGCAGGAUAAACGAGGUCAGCUAAACGUGUUUUGCCUAUCCGCAGGGGCUAAUUUUCCGAAAAGUGUAGUGAAAAAUAUUCCCACCCCCAUCAUAUAUGAAACAGGAUUGUGAAUGUGGAAUAAAUCAAUUAAUAUCGAGGUGAUAGUAAUCUGCUUCUUAUCGAUCAUACCAUGGCCCGGUCCGAGCGUCUUCAAAAUAUCCUGCUCUCGCGACAGUUCCCGAGUAGUGCGCAAGAUCGUACAAUCGAAAUGGCUCCCGAUACUGGAGAAGUACCAGGUCAAGCUACCGCUGGAGUGCCCAUUUCAUCCGCUGCGGGACAUUUUUGGGCCCCAACAAGCAGCCAAAAAACAGCACCGUCCCAGCCAAUGGACCUGCGGGUUCUGUGGUAAAAGUUUCUUCGAGGAGAAGCAUCUGGACAUGCACUUCGAGAAUCGCCACAAGGGUAACAUCAACAUGGCAGAGGACGCAAUCUGUCUGGCCGAGUACUGCGACAUGAUGCGGUGUGAGGUCCUGAUUGCGAAGGACGCCACACUGUCGUUCGGGAACGAUCCCAACAUGAUGUCGACCGACAUCGAGGUGUGGAGCGAAUCGACGGCCUACAGGACGGCUUUAACCCCUUCAGGUCCCAGAGAUUUAGCGAAGGUGCCAGUAAGAAAAUCGUUUCUUCCAAAAAUUCUACAAACAAUAAAGAACGAUAUCCUAAACGAACGACCGUCACCUUCAGCCAUCAGCACAAAGAGUGUUUCCAACUGUGAGGCGUCCGAACAGCCAAAGCACAGGGUUGGGAGUCUUCACCAGAGCAGCCGUAGAAGAAAUAAAGACGAUGAGGACGAUCAAGAGGCCGACGUAGAAGAUGACGAAGACGAUGAGGACGACGAUGAUGAAGAGGAGGAUGAAAACGACAACGACAGCAACGCAACGUCCCAGUGUGAGCAGAAUCUUGUGGAUUCCGCGUUACCGCCGGUGGAUCGGAAGCAGCAACGGCUAAACGAAAUGCAACGGAUGAAGGCCAACUGUAAAACCGAAGAGCUGGAACAGUUGAAAACUCGCUGUGAGAUUCUGGUACGAGACUGCAUUGUGGGACUGCUAGUGCAGCUUUCGGUCGAAGACUUCAAAAACAUGGAAGAGGAAAUGAACAGAGCCGUCUGUUGGUAUCUGACAUGCGAACGAUACUGGGAGGAUGGACCCUUGGAUCAAAGACCAUUCCCGUGGGGCUUGGUAUUUGUGCUAGUAAUGGUUCUAUCCCUAGGAGUGUGCUUAUGCUACUAUAUCAUUUGGAUAUUGUUUGACAGCGAGGAUCAUGGUCCAUUGAUGGGCAACCAGAUACCUACCCAACCGAGUCCUACCCAUGGUCGGCAUUAUCUUCAGCCUCAAUCAUCCAGUAUCUACCAUCUGCAGGAUGGUGGUCAUUCGGCCACCAGUCUGAACAGCUUGGGACAAAUGUCAAACCUGAAUGUGGCCACCGUUGGCGUCCCCGGUAGUAAUGACCUCCAGCACACCCCGCAGAUCCACGCCACGCAGGUGGGCUACGGCGAUGAAGGUGGCUACGGGUACAGCUCCGGUGCAUCGACGGCCAUCGUUACGGAUGGUGGGCCAGCUAUUGCGGGAGGUGGAGCCGAAUUCAACGAACUGGGUCAAAGCGAACAUUACAUCUACGUGACCUAUCCGCCAGAACUGAAACGAAGACUUUUAGAAAGGAACUCGGCAACCUUUUUUAGCCAUUUUGAUUGAGUGGUAAGCGGGUGGGUGCGAGAGCCUCGAACCGCCACAUCCUGCAGCGCAUGCCACUACUACUACUACAUCACACCACCAACUCUCAUGUGUGCGCGCAAUUCUAUUUGUUACACACACACACCCCUCUUCUAGAACGUGUUCCCUCUACUUCCUCUGUUUCACCGUUAACUCUUCGUACGCCGCAUCUCCGACUAUGCCUAUUGAACUGUGUCAAACAUGUGUAUAAAUUUAACCUACCAAGCUUGAUCUGAUGUUUGAAUUGACAAAUAAAUUCGUUGAAAUAGUUAGUAAAUCAAACAUUUUCUUGUUCUUCUUGUUUCGUUCGAUUUUCUUUCUUCCUUUAGCUGCUACAAUAGAACCACCCGUCUUUGAAAUUAGAAUGAGUUAGAGAUCAAAACUGAAAAUCAGAAAACGAAACAGAGUGAAACAAUGGAAUGUAUUUCGGUUUAAGUAAAUUUUAGAAAAAAAAAAAAUGAAUACCGAAAUCAACAGAGAGGAGGUUCGAGCUCUACAGCGGAAAAAUACUAUAAAUUGUCAUAACGACUAAUUGAAUGGUUACCGGAAUAUUAGAGCUGAAUGUAACUAAAGAUAGAUACACUAUAGUGUCAUAUAGGAAAUUUGAUGCAACUUAGAUGUAAGAGCAUUCACUAGAAAGCGCUUUUCAAAGGUUCGAUCUAGUCUUUGUCAAAUGCAUAAUUGCUUAAUAGGCAGAUUUCAAAGCAUUUGAACAAAAUUGCAUUUAUAAAUGUAGCAAAUAUAGGUUUAUCAUCACUUGUCAUGUAUAGUUUCGUAGACUGAUGUAAAAAAUAGUUUAUUUUCCAAUUAGCAUCACACCAAAUUCUAGUGGUUUAAAUUUCUAUUUGAUUUUUGUAUAGUUCAUUUAGCGAGUUCCUGCAAUGGAGACAAAAUUAGCACAAACCUGCACACAAGUACUAUUAGAAACUAAGACCAAGCCGAAAGGCAACUCAAUAUUCCGUUUAAGAAAUAUAACUAAAUUUUUAAUAUAAAGAAAUUCGAUUUUUUACCAACAUUAAACAGUACAAACAAGUAUUAUAUUGUACAGUGUUUUCAUCUUUGCUUCGUAUAAAAAAAAUAGUAAAUGAAUGAAACAGAGCUAGGCAAUUUUCAAUUCAAAUAAACCAAAACUCUUCAGCGUUGAAAUCAUAGCCUUGUUCAGCUUGAGUCCUGAUAGCAAAGAUGAUAAUAAUCAGACUUUUUUUCAAAAGAUUCCUCUACUCUCGAUAGCAGAAACAUUGUCGAACAAGUUCAAACUACAUAUUUUUGACUUCUGUCGAAGGAAAUUUUCCUCAUCAUACAUUCUAGAGUUCGACGCGAAGUAAAUAGCGAUCUCACGUGUGUAGAACAAAUGAAAAUAAAAACAAACAAAACAGAUCAAUAAUGAUAAAAUCACAAUAACAACAACCACAACAAAUUCUAGCAUGAUAAAAGUUACUAAAUGCAAAUUGAUCGUGAAUGUGGAGAUGGAACUUAUUUGCGAAUAAAUAAAUUUAUAAUAA